UAAAAUAAAAAGCAAAAUUGUACAGGGACUAGGCUAUAUUAGCGCUAAGUCGUUAGGCUGCACGCCAAUAAGACCUAUUUGAAACGAAAAUAAACCUCUCCAGGCCAUUCAACAGACUGAAUGAAACCUGGCCUAUCCUCAUAAAACUCAUAAAUUUCCUCAGCCAACAAACAUGCUUGUUUGGUUGAGGCAUCAGCUGAAAAAUUAGCCUCUCUGUAGCUAUGAACAUAGCUAGGACCUCCCAGUACAAAAGGGCAACCUAUGAGCAAAAAACGUAACCAACAAGAUGCCAUACGACACGACACGACAGAUUUUGACAUGUAUCGCCAGAUAGGGCAACCUAUGAGCAAGGCAGACGGCAGUGAAAUACGCUCAUUUGCUGGGGAUCCAUUUGAAGAAGCAAAAACCAAUAAUACCCCAGGUAACUUUUCCUUGGCCCUUUGUUAUGACUUCCCUGGUUCCCUCCUUUCUGCUGCCAGUAAUUUUUAUUUUUUCUCUUGCUUAGCUUUGCAAACCAGAAACCCUAACCACCACCUCUCAGUUUCAACCUUCGUGCUUGCGACUAUCAGAUCCGCAUGUAGCAGAACAGAACACUUCGAAUCUUCUUUAAAUUCAUAUCUGUUAUUACAAUUCAUUAAAUCCUAAAAUGUCAUUCGACGAAGAGGAAGCAUUUGAACACACCCUAUUGGUUGUUCGUGAAGUAUCUGUAUACAAAAUCCCUCCUAGAAGUACUAGUGGAGGAUAUAAAUGUGGUGAAUGGUUACAAUCAGAUAAGAUCUGGACAGGUCGUCUUCGUGUAGUUUCAUGUAAAGAAAGAUGUGAGAUUCGUCUUGAAGAUCCUAAUUCAGGAGAACUUUUUGCUGCUUGCUUUGUUCUACCUGGUCAAAGAGAAAAUUCAGUUGAAACUGUUCUUGAUUCGUCACGUUACUUUGUUUUAAAGAUUGAAGAUGGAAGUGGGAAACAUGCUUUUGUCGGGUUAGGAUUUACCGAAAGAAAUGAAGCAUUUGAUUUCAAUGUUGCACUUUCCGAUCAUGAGAAGUAUGUUAAGAGAGAUACUGAUAAGGAAGAAGGUGAAUCUAGUGAUGAUCAUAUUGAUAUUCAUCCUGCUGUGAAUCAUAGAUUGAAGGAAGGUGAAACCAUUCGGAUAAAUGUUAAGAACAAACCUGCUAGUGGAACUGGCAUGCUUUCGGCUGCUGGGUUGUCUGGUGGUGGUUCUGCUGCCAUUGCAAAGCCUAAACCUCUUGGCCUUGCACCACCACCUACUGGAGCUGGAAAGAUUAGGUCACCACUUCCACCGCCACCUAAUGAUCCUGUUGCUGCUCGCUUAACUUCUGGCGGUGCUGUACUCAAGAGUCCUAAGCCUGCUGCUGAUCCUCUAUCUGAUCUUUCUCAAGUCAGAAGACACCUUCCUUCGCCAACUGGUACUGAAUCCACAAAGAACUCUGCAGCCGGAUGGGCGGCAUUUUAGAUCCGUAAGUUGAGUUACAUUUUUCAAACUGUUAUCCUUGUGUUUGUUAUCUCUUUUCAUUUAGGGAAAACUGAAGGAAGAAAAAUAAUAUCUAGGUUAUCAGUUCAACAACAACAAAAAAAAAUGUAGGCUAUCAUAAAUUUGAGUUUUCUCUUUGCUGUUUCUUUUUUCAACAGAUGCUUCAAGAAAUGUGCUGAUUGUACUUCUUAAUGUGAAUUUAGAUGCCUUAUUAUCACAUUGAGGAGAUAUAUCCAAGCCUUUUACAGGUUUAUUAGUUGUUCGUGUUUCAUCGCAUCGCACAGAGCUAAGGUGUCUGAUUGGUGGCUAGUUGUUAUUCUACCAACUUAUAUGAGUCUUUAGUUCCAUAUUCAAUAAAAUUUUAUUUUCUUGUUCAAAACAAAAAGAAACUAGAAAACUUACUACAUUUAGAGAAAAUUGUUGUGUGGCAUCAUCAAA